GUAAGAAAUAGAUAUCUCCAUUGUAUUAGCAAAAGUAAUUAAUAUAUAAUAUUUCUAAUAAAUAAAUUAACUUAUUUUAAAUAGCAAAUUAAUAUUUCAAACUUCUCCUACUUACUUUAUUUUACAGUUUAUUUUAAAAGUAAAGUUAUUUUAAAAACUUUAAUUUAUUAUAGAACAAAGCCAGACAUUUUUACUUGUAGAGAAAAAAAUUAUUGUGUAUGUAGCAAAGGAUAGAUGCACGGAGUUAUAUUUAUAUAUAUGACUGGGCCGAUACGCUUAUAUUUUUAUUGCUCCUAUUAUGCAUUAGUUCCUUGCAAAUCGUGCUAUAAAAUUGCCGAGUUAAUCAAAAUUAACCGGCUACUUCCGCUUCUGGACACAAGAAGCAAUUUUAAGACUGCACCUGUGUUUAUUAAAAAUAAAGCACACACUAAAAAUGUAAAAUUGCAGUUGAAUGGCAGUGCAUAUUAUUUCAUUUUCCCUCACGCUAUUAUUACUCGCAUAGAAUAUUCGCUGCACUUGCGUCACGCAAUAUCACUUUGCAUAUGUGAUUAUUAUGCUGAAAAAAAUAUGCGACAAAUGCCACUGUAAGAUACGAGAAUGUCAGUUUGGUUUUAAGACAAAUGUAUUAUUAUAUGGCGGGGAUAGCUAUGUAUUUCAUAUUUGACAUUUUAUUUUUGUGACACUUAAUAAUUUUCAACGAAUUUAGCAAAGGGCCGAUAGUACAUGCAAGACGUGUCAUUUGUAUCGUAGCCCUCGAACAAAAAGCUAGGAUAUGCUGAUACAUGUUUUGCGUGAAUACAAUGCCAAUAAAAUAUUUUUGUCGCGCUUGGGCCUCUGGCCGUUCCAAAGUAAGCUCGUGAGAAAUUUGUUGCCGAUCUUUUAUCUCGUGCUUGAAAUUAGUUACUACCCGUUCGAGAUAUUAAUGUUGUACGAUCAUUGGGACGACGCGCAAAUGGUUUUCGAAGGUUGCUAUCAAUUGGUCAUAACGACUGCUUUUCUAGUACGACUAUGGAAUGAGAUUUGGAAUCACAACAAGUUUCGAUAUUUAUACGAGGCUAUGAACGAUCAUUGGAAUAUAUUUACGAAUAAUUUGGAAGUUCAAAUUCUAAAAAAUUAUUCCAACAUAUCGCAAAAGUUUACGAUAUUUUAUUCAAUUAUGAUGUAUCUUUUGAGUUCAAUGUUUAUAGCGAUCCCGUUGACACCGGCGUUCUUAGACAUCGUGUUGCCUCUUAACGAAUCGCGUCCACGAAUCUUGGCGAUCGAAGUCGAAUUUAGAGUAGAUUUAGACAAGUAUUUUUUGCCACUUUUUUGUUAUACUACUGCUAUAAUUGUGGUGGGUAUAAGCAUUAUGGUGGCUGCUGACACAAUGCAUUUCACAUGCACCACUCAUGCGUGCAGUUUAUUCGCAAUUAUCGGUGAGCAAAUUGAAAACAUCACGUUAAAACUAGAUGUAGAAAAACACAAAUGUUGCAUGCACAAAGAACUUAAUCUGUCGGAUGAACAAGCGAUAUAUCAGGAGUACAUUACAUGUUUAAAAAAAUAUCAGCUUGCGUUAAAAUUUGUCGAUAUAUUGAAUUCGACGCAUCAAACAGUUGCAAUAUUUUUUUUAUUAUUGAUUGGUGCAACCUUAAGUCUGAUUGGAAUUCGAAUCGUCUAUGUAUUAGACCAAAUGGAAGAGAUGAUUAGAUUUACAUUUAUAAUCAUGGGAGCGUUACUACAAUUGAUGAUAAUGUGUUAUUCUGGUCAAAAGUUAAUAGACGAAAGUCAGAAUAUAUUCUAUCGAGCUUAUGCGGCAAAAUGGUAUAUGUACUCACCGAGACUAAAAUCGCUGUUAAUUACAACAUUUUAUCGAAGUAGCUUACCAUGCAGUUUGACAGCAGGUAAAUUAGUUCCGUUAUCAAUGACGACUUUUGCCGCGGUGGUACGAGCGGGCAUGUCUUAUUUCACGGCAUUUCUAUCCAUCAAAGACUAAUUAAUCUCGAUUCGGCUGAUUUCUCGCGACAUCUGUCCCCACGUCAUUACUCGAGGAUAAUUUUUUUUUUUCAUAUGUAAUAUAUAAUGUGUGUUCAAAUAUGCAAAAAUUUUAUCUAAAGACU